CGGCAAGCCCCCUCAAGACGGAUGAAUUAGAAAAACCUGCUGUAACCACCACCACCCCCUUUUCUUUUAUUUAUUGUCUGUAUUGAAGAGUCGGGCUUUAAACACUGCUGCCCUCCUCUUGACAGUGUGAAGCGGAUACAAGGCUCCCUGUGUACUGAUUCACCAUGGGGAUCAAGGCUGCCCUCCCCAGAUAUGAGCUGUAUCUCUACACAGCUGUACUCGCCGUGGCCUUGAUAUGGGCAGGCAGUUGGAUAUUUGAAGCUUCAAGUGAGAAUGUAAACAGGAAGGCCUUCAAAGAAAGUGUGAAACCAGGAUGGCAUUACUUUGGCAGGAAAAUGGAUGUUGCCGACUUCGAAUGGAUGAUGUGGUUCUCUACAUUCCGCAAUCAUAUCCUUUUUGCUCUCACCGGUCACGUGAUCUUUGCCAAGAUAUUCACCCUGGUAGCUCCAAAGAUUGGUAUAGAUGGAUGUAAGCACAGAUCCUUGAUCUUUGGUGUGUACGGUGGUUUGGCCGUCCUGGUGACGAUGGGCUGGACCUUCGUGGCUCUGAUUCUGUCUCACUGCAUCAUACUCUACAGUGUUGCACUGGUCAAGAUGAAGUGGAUGUGCUUUGCAGCUGGUCUCGCCACACUGGCCUCCAUCAAGCUGGAACCCUAUAACUCCUGGCAGGAAACCUUGGUGACCGGCUCCUUCGACCUGCAAGACAUCCUGUUCUACGGAGGCUGCGGCUUCAGCAUCAUGCGCUGCAUGAGCUUCGCUUUAGAGAACUGUGAAAAGAAGGACGGCAACUACACAUUCUCUGACCUGCUGAAAUACAACUUCUACCUCCCCUUCUUCUUCUUUGGACCUAUCAUGACCUUCGACCAGUAUCAUGCCCAGGCGAACAACACCAAGCUGACCCGCAAAGAGAGGGAGAUGUGGAACAUCACCACCAAGGCUUUGUUGCACCUGGGAGUUAUUAUGGUGGUGGACGUCUUCUUCCACUAUCUUUACAUCUUGACAAUCCCCAGUGACAUGAAGCUGGUCACCAAGCUGUCUGACUGGUGUCUGGCUGGCCUGGCUUAUUCCAACCUGGUGUACGACUGGGUGAAAGCAGCCGUGAUGUUUGGCGUCAUCAACACUGUGGCUACACUGGACCACCUGGACCCUCCUCAGCCCCCCAAGUGUAUCACCAUGCUCUAUGUCUUCGCUGAGACGCACUUUGACAGAGGCAUCAAUGACUGGCUGUGCAAGUAUGUUUAUGACUACAUCGGCGGGGAUCAUGAUAAAAUCUUCAAAGAACUCUUGGCAACCAUAUGCACCUUCGCUAUCACCACCUUGUGGCUGGGUCCGUGUGAACUGGUUUACAUCUGGUCCUUUUUCAACUGCUUUGGCCUCAACUUUGAGCUGUGGGUGGCCAAGUUAUUCUCCUUUCCACCGUUUUCUACCAUUGAGGGUGUUAUGGGUGAAGCUAUGUCGCGCAGGAUCCGUGGCGUGUUCAACGCUGCCAACUUCUGGGCCAUCAUCCUCUACAACGUUCUCUCCCUCAACAGUUUGGAGUUUGCCAAACUUGUGGGCAGGAGGCUGAUUUUCAAAGGUUUCCCUCUGUCCACCCUCUCUGUGUUGCUUGUGACCUACUGUGGUGUGCAGCUGGUGAAGGAGAGGGAGCGACAACAAGCUCUGCUGGACGACCCGGAGCCGCUGAAGCCGGUCGAUGGCGGCAAAGAAAAAGCUGAAUAAACAGACAAAAAAAAAAACAAAAAAAAAAAA